UAAGAAAGGCAGUCAAGGUGGGCUGGAUUGAGGUCGCUUGUGAGCACACAGGGAUUCUUCACUGAUGACGCCUUUGACCCCGGUCAUCUCCAGUGCUCCUGACCGGUCCCCCUUCUUCUCUCUCCUCUUCCCGCUUUGGGUUUGUAGGGCCCGAACGGCGGAUCGUCCUGGUGGGCAAAAGCGGCGUGGGGAAAAGCGCGGUGGGCAACACCAUCCUGGGAAGCCCGGUCUUCAAAUCCAAGAUGUCGCCCGUCUGCGUCACCAAGACUUUCCAACGGGAGGAGGCCCUGCUGAACGGCCGGAAAGUGGUGGUGGUGGACACGUCGGACUUCCUCGACACGGCUCGUCCCGAGCGGAAAACCUUGGCUGAAGUGAGGAAGUGCAUCAAGUUUUGCCCCCCGGGCCCCCACGUCAUCCUGCAGGUGAUGCGCCUGGGCUGGUUCACCCAGGAGGAGAAGGACGUGGCGCGCUUGAUGAAGGAGAUCUUCAGCUUGAAGGCCAAGGAUUACGUGAUCAUCCUCUUCACCUGCAAGGCAGACCUGGAGGGCAAAACCGUGGAGAAAUUCAUCGCCGAAGGCUAUGCAAGCCUGAAGGAGCAGGUGUACCAGUGCGGCAACCGCUUCCUGGCAUUUGAGAACAAGGCUGGAGGCGUGGAGUACGAAGCUCAGGUGGGCCAGCUGAUGGCCAUGAUUGACGCGCUGGUGGAGAAGAACCGCGCCGCGCCGUGCUACAUGGAGGAGAUGUUCAAGGCUGACAAGGAGCACUUGGCCAAAAACUGGGGCUUUUCCUGGCUGUUUCCUUUCCUUUGAGGGGGAUGGCAGCGAAACG